AUGGCCAAACCAAAGCGCAUGAGCGAGAUCUUCGCGUCCUCGUCAGAAAAAGACAAAGACACAACCACAGUCACAGCCACACCCCCAUACUCAAGCGAAGGCCCUACACUCCCCAUCAUCGGCGCCCAGGAAAUCGGCUCCAAUCCCACCAAAAAGCGAAAAGCUUCAAACAACACUCAAAGUACUGCUCCAAAGAAGCAAUCCCAAGAAGGCUCUCCACAUACCAUCCACCCAUCUCUCUACGAACCCUGGACCCGCCUCCCACCCGACCUACUCAAGCUACUCGAAUCCCAGACGCGGUUCCAAGGUACACGCAACGUUAUCCCCGUCGUCUUUUCCAAGAAUCAAAAUGUAAAAUCCGGUAUCAAUCGCCUCAAAACAUACCUGGGUGCGUAUCGGGAUCCCACAUCUACAAUCGACAUGCCCGACGCUUUGAAGCGCGAAGACGUCAUUAUAGCAGUAUCAGCGCAAGGCGAAGGAACGACGAAACUGGUUGGUAUCGUAGACAUGGUUCGCAGGAUCGUCGCGCCGAGUGGUAAAGAGGAGGUUGGUGAUGGGCCGGUGGAGACGUGGGCGAUGUAUACGAUGCUUACAAGUAUCGAUAUCGAGCGGAAAGCGAGAGUUGCGGAUGUGCAGAAGAAAGAGGUGGAAGAGGCGGAGAGUGAGGAGGAAGAAGAGGCGUUUGAAUCUAUGGAUGUGGAUGGGCGAGGGGGGCAAAAGGAGAAAGAUGAGGUGAAGAUGAAGAAAGUGCCUGUGUUGACGAUUUGGAUGACGAGGAAGAAGAUUCCGGCGUUUAGGAAUGCGUUUGGGGAGCAGAUGUUUAAGGUAAGGAGGUUGGUGGAGGAUGAGGAUUGA